CUAUCCUUCAUCGCCGAGACACUCUCCACCGGCGCUGCCGCUUACAUCAUUGGACUUCCUUCCCACAGGACAUUCUGGAAAUCCCCACCAUCAAUGUCAUCUUCCUUCCCCUUCCUUUCCUACUCCCUUGCGGCUGAAAUCGUUGAAUCCGUCGAGAAAUCCCUAGCACCUCAUCCCUGCCGUCGUCUACCUCUACUCUCGCCUCUCCGAGUUCAUCACCCCAAUCUGAACCGUGCGCCACAACCGGUACCGCGCCGCCGAUGCCGCCAUCAUCAAGAAGCUCUUGGACGAGGGCAAAUAUGGGUUGCUGGAGGGAGAGAAUUAAAUCUUGAGAGGGAAAGGCCCUUCGUUGCGGGCGCGCUGGAGGGGUUCAUCGAAAUCGGCAAGGGUUGUCGAUCUUCUUCUUCGACGGAGCUGGAGAAAGAUAGUCCUACGACGAUGAUGGGGUGGGUGGCAAUGAUUUCCCCUUCUUUCCCUAGAGCUGGAAUUCGAUGAUUUUGACAAAUUGAUAGUGACUAUACUUCAUUAGAUUAAGAACAUGGUGAAGCAAGUAAAGGACCGAAAAGGAAUGAGCACAUCAGAAGGCAAUGCAAGCUGCUAAUUUUCCCCAUUGAUCAAUCACUUUCUCUCACAUAUCAGCACGUUCGGACCCAAGCUCAAAUUACGUACCAAUAAAUUGGCUUGCCAGAGCUCAUCUCCAGGAACCCACACAACAACACCGAUGAGAUACCGCCUGAGCUCGGCCGCCUCCGGGAGCCGUGGUCCCAAACUCCAACUCCGACACGAUCCUUGCAAACCUCUCCGCCUGUUCGCAUCUCACCAUGUUGCAAGUCGAUUACAACGACUUGACCGGAGAAAUCCAAUCGAGCUCUGCCAUCUCAUGAACCACGAGCUAUAAAAGGUUAAAUUUUUUAUAAUUUUUAUUUUUGAAUUGCCACAUCACUUAUUUAACGGUCAAUUGUCAGAGUUGACUGUCACGUCAGCUAAAUUUAACGGAAGCUAAUGGAGAGUGACCAAACUUGAACUAUUGAACUAAUCUUAGUGACCACGAAUGGAAUUAAAUAUUUUUAGUGACCAAACAUAAACCUUUUUCGUAAACUCAGUGACCAAACUUGCAAUUAACCCGCACAUAAAGUAUAAUGAUGUCAUUUUGUGUCUAACCUUAAUAGUGUGGAUGAUUUAUGAUUCCUAACAAUAUGAAUAAUCUGUAGAAGUUAUUAGUCUUGACGGGAAUAUUUUUGAUAACAUUACAACGUGGAUAUUUGAAACAAUAGUGUGUAGUUAUGUUGGUAAACCCAUGAAUACUCAUGAUUCAUGAACCCCUUGAUACCAGUCGAAGUUGAGUUGAAUUUUCUCUUCUAAAGCUCAGUUAUUAUAUUACCAUAUAUUUUUGUGGGUACACUCAUUGAGUUGGUUUUGGUUUAGAAAAACUCGAUUCAAUCCCUCUCGUUGUCAUCCCUACAAAGGUCCUUUAAUUUUCUUAAAGGUUCCAUUUGUCGGUUCAUGCAUCGGUAGGUCUGAUCAAUUCAUGACCUUUCUGAUCGGACUCUGACUCAUCAACCUAGCCAUCAACGUCGUUUAUAUACAUUGUAUCACGGGGUGUCCUGGUUCACAUGCAACAUCUGCUCUAUCAUUUGGAAACUGGCUGGCUACAGCUAGCUAGCAAGCUCUUCAUCUGUCUUUGCUCUGCUGCUGGGUCACUCUAGUCCCUAGCUAGCUGUUUGUGUCUCGACGGAACCUUGUUGCUGUUGGCUGUGUCGGUAGGACAUAAAUGGCAUGUGCCUGUUGGUGAAUACGUCCAUGGACAAGAGGCAACCGAUCAAAGAAGGCUAAAUGCGUUAGGGCAGGAGAGAUAGAAGUUUCAAUCGUCAAUAAAAUCCCAUAAAACUUGUGCCCUGCACUUCUCUUACAUGUAAACUGAUGUCCGAAGAACAUAUAUAGUACCACACAAAUAAUGGGUGCUUGAAUUAUACAAAUCUAUCAUUCUUCAACUUAAAUCAGUUGUUAGUUGGGGUUGUCAACUUUAAGAUAAGAGAUUUCUCGGGUGAAAAUUUAAAAAUGACUUUAAUUUCAAGUCAAUUAUGAAUCUUAUAUCGUUUCAUGUCAUGCAUGAAUCAUUUUAUUGCAAUAAUUCAAUUGUUGAGAGAAGGUUAAUUAUAAAUUUUAUAUCACUCUUUACACACCCUCUCAAACGAAAGCCAACUUAUAAGUUUAAUGUCUGAAUCUUCGUAUUAUGACCAUAUAAUCCAUAGUGUCUGCAAAUUAAAUGAAAGUCAUCAUCAUGCUAAAGCUUAACUUCAGCAAUAAUCUAAACUUUAUCUA